UCCACAUUUACAUUAUUUACAUUUGCCAGUUGCCAGUUGUCACACGGUUAGGGUUUUGGUUAAACCCUAAAGCUCGAGAAUUUUCUGAACUUCUCGCAUGGAGAAGGAAGAGUAAAUCAGUUGACGAUGAUUCACGCCGCUGUGAAGUGGUCGAAGGCGGCGGCAGCGGCGGCUCGGGCUCGCACCGCCGUCAGAUUGGGACCCACCACCUUUGUCGGAAGAAAUCUUCGUUCGUUGAGGUUGAUUCAUGGAGAUAGUAACGCUCUUAAUGCGAAUCCAGUUGCUACCCAGAUGAUCAAUUACGCUCUUUCCCACGCGAGGUCGCAGAAAUCAGAUGAGUCUUAUGCUCAAGGUAUGCUGGUUCUUGAGCAGUGCCUUUCAAACCAAUCGAAUGAUGAUCAGUUGGCUCAGGAUUCGAAAGGAAUGGUCUUGCUUGCUAUGUCUGAUUUAUUAUGCGAAAGAGGAAACUCGGAUGAAGCCAUCGAACGUCUCAAGCAAAUAACUUGUCUAAAAGAGUCAUCUUUCUCUACUAGAGUUGUUGCUGUGGAAGCCCUUGUUGGGCUGCACAUACAGUCAGGACAGGACGAAGCUUCCUCGGCUAUUGCAGAAGAAUUUUUAGAGCUGUUAAAGAAUGAGGAACCUAAGAUUGGCCCGGAAAAUUUUCAGGCUUUGAUUGCUAGAGCCAAAGCGAUCAAAGGGCUCUCUGAGCUUGUGAAAGGAAGUAUUGAAUCCGCUGCAUCUUUAUUCCGAGGACUUGAAAACCAUGAAAGCUGCCAAGGUAAUGUUGCACUCUCUUAUGGUGAAUUCUUUCACGCGACCGGAAACUAUGAAAUGGCAAAGGAAAUGUAUCAAAAGGCGAUUAAAGGAACAACGGAAAACAAAUAUUCUUCGGGUUCCUGUAAUAUGAAUUCACAGGAAACAUCAUUGGCUGCAACAUUUGCCUUAGGGCAGCUACAGUCACAUGUCGGGAACUUUGCUGAUGCGGAAGAGACACUGACUAGUGCAGUGACCAAAGCUGAGGAAUACUUCGGCCACCGCCAUCAGAAGGUUGGAGUGAUCUUGACUGGAAUUGCUCUCAUGUACCGGAAAAAAGCUAAGCAAGAACGAUCCAGCUCAUUCCUGAUUCAAGAGGGACUUUAUAGAAGGUCACUGGAGCUGAUGAAAGCACCCCCACUGGAUUCGGAAGGAUAUUACUCUACAGAGACAAAUAUGGGAACUAAUGAUGCAGCGGCCCUUGCAAGAGGCGGAUAUGCCGAACUACUAUGCAUUCAAGAGAACAGGAAGAGCGAAGGAGAGAAAAUGAAAGCAUGGGCUUACUCUGCUUGGAGAAACCGACGUCUAUCUCUUUCAGAGGCACUGAAUCUCUCCGAGCCAUCCGGUAGAGUUCCCAUCUUAGAUGCUCGGACCGCUCGGAUCAUAUAGUUCUGAAUGCACAUUCUUCACUCAAUCCAUGUUCUAGAGAGAGACGUAAUUCUUCAGAAGCUUUAGUAGUACUACUAUACGCUAAUACCAGACCAGGGCAAGAUUCAGACUUUCUUACCACAUUAAUGUUUUGAUGUCUGUAAUCAAUACACUCUGAUGGGUGUUGUUGUGAGAUUCUUAGUUCUUGGAAUGAUGAGAAAUAAGGAAAGAACAGAGGUGUUUACAAAUUUUGAUCA